AUGCAGGUGCAGGUGCGGAUGCAGAGUUGGUUGCAGGUGGGUGCAGUGGGUGCAGAUGCAGGGGUGCGGAUGCAGGUGCAGGUGGAUGCAGGUGCAGGGAUGCAGGAGUGCAGGUGCGGGAUGGUGUGGUGGAUGCAGGGUGGGUUGGAUGCAGGUGCGGGUGCGGAUGGGUGCGGGGUGCAGGUUGCGGAUGCAGGUGCGGGUUGCGGAUGCAGGUGCUGGGGUGCAGGUGUGGGGUUGCGGAUGCGGAUGGGUGCGGAUGCAGGGGUUGCGGAUGGGUGUGGGAUGCAGGUGCGGGUGCGGAUGCAGGUGCAGACAGAUGCAGAGUGCAGGUGCAGAUGCAGAGUGCAGGUUUGGAUGCAGGUUGUGGGUGCAGUGAGUGCAGGUGCGGAUGCAAGUGCAGGUGCCAGUAUGGGUGCAGAUGCGGAUGCGGAGUGCAGGUGCGGAUGCAGAGUGCGAGGUUGCGGAUGCAGAGUGCAGGUGCAGAUGCAAAUUGCAGGUGCAGGGUGCAGGUGCAGUGCAGUGCAGGUGCGGGAUGCUGGGUACGGGUGCAGAUGCAAGGGUGCAAUUUGGAUCUGGUGCAGGUUGCGGAUGCAAGGUGGGUGCGGAUGGUGGUGCGGAUGCAAGUGUGCGGAUGCAGGUGCAGGGUGCGGAUGCUGA